AUGCUCCAAGGGCUGGGGGGUAACGAGCGGAUAGAAAGCCGACCGCCCGUCCGUCCGGGGGAUGGGGAUGGGGAGCUUUCUCCAUCACCCCCUUCCCCCUCAGCCCUACAGCACAAGCAGCAGCAGCAGCAGCAGCCGAAGAGGGGGUUUCGUCACAGAGCUGGGCAGCCUCCACAACCAGCAUGCACAGCACUUGAUGGAGUUCGUGGAGCCAAGAUAGCCAAGGCUCGUCGGAAGCGUGGGCCCCGGGGACCCGAAGCUUCCGCCCGGCUGCUCUCUGCCGCCCAACAAGCGCCGUCUGGCCUGAAGCCUCCUGUCCCUCCCCCGAACGCCCUGUCGACAGCAUCUGUACGCAGGAGCCGACGGCUGGAGGAGAAGGCGCAGAGCAGAGCAGCUGCAGGUCUCGGUGCUAGGGACAGGUGA